AUGAAGCUUAAUGAUACACUUUGGGCUUAUAGAACCGCGUUCAAGACACACUUGGGGUUCUCUCCGUACCAACUAGUUUAUGGCAAAUCAUGUCACCUACCGGUUGAGCUAGAACACAAGGCAUAUUGGGCUGUGAAAUUUUUAAAUUUUGAUGCAGGUCUUGCGGGUGAGAAGAGAUUGCUUAAGCUGAACGAACUUGAAGAAUGGCGGAUGCAAGCAUAUGAAAAUGCCGUGAUUUUUAAAGCAAGGACAAAGAAGUAUCGAGAUAAAGGGUUGGUAAGAAAGGAGUUUAAGAAAGGACAGCAAGUCUUGUUGUUCAAUUCUCGUUUAAGGUUAUUCCCGGGUAAGCUGAUGUCUCGGUGGUCUGGUCCGUUUGUCAUUAAGGAAGUUUUUCCACACGGGGCUGUGGAAAUUUUUACACCAGGAGAGGAGGAGAAAUCUUUCAAAGUAAAUGGACAAAGACUCAAGUUUUAUAAGGGAGGAGAUUUUAAUCGCCACAAGGUGGCAGUACUUUUCAAAGACCCUUGA